AUGCAAAGUGUGCAUGGUGCCUCAGUGAUUGGUGGCCAUGAUAAGAUACAUCACUCCCUGAUCGGACUGGUCAUAGUAAUAAUAGUUGCUGCUGUGUGUGUGGUUGGACUGGCUUGCCUUGUGAAGUUGUAUAAAAAGCGCAGUUUGGCUGAUUCAGGGUCUUUGGGGGUCUGUGGAAGACUUGGAAUUUUUACAAAAUAUGGGCUUAUCUGGUGCUGUGGUGCUUUCCUUUUGGGGGUGCUGUUGGUUCUAGGAGGGGCUCGUCCCUUUGUGGAAGGUGACUCUAUCACAAUGACAACCACACAGAACUCCUAUUUCUCAAGUGUAGGAGUAAUGACCCUUUGGGGCUCCCUGGAGGUAGAAGACAUUCAGACACUGGCAGCCCACAAUGAUUCACGACAGAUUGAAUUCAAGCAAAGCUGGUCAAAAGGGAACCUGAGUGACGCUGAUUGGCAGUAUUUUGAAAAGUUUUUAAAACGUUACAUACAUUAUUUUGAAAUACACGUGAGAGAAAUCAUUGAAGAAGUUGGGAUUAAAGGUGCCUUCUUAAUGCAGUGCUGGAUACGAUGCUCCUCAUCCAUAGAUGACAUCGAAAGUUUCAUUUAUAGGCUGGCUCUGGAUGGAGAAGAUCUGGUAUCCUUAAAGGCUACAGAGGGUGUGUGGGUCGCUGGCGAUUCCCCUUACUCUAAGGAUGUACAGAGGCACAUGGAGAAGGAGAAUGUCACCACGAUGUCCAUUAAAAUCAUGCUGGUGAGCUUUUGUCAAUCGCUGGCACUGACAUAUUCAACUGCGGGGAAGGAAGCUUAUUCAAAAAAGAUCCAGCCACAGGUCCAGAUUACCAGCAGCUCUAAAUCUGAAACAGAAGUCAUCUGUGUGGUGACCGGCUUCUAUCCAAAGCCAAUCAACGUAAGCUUGUGGAAGGAGAACAAAAUGGAAGAUGUGAUGUCAACUGACACUCUCCCCAAUGGAGAUGGGACUUACCAGAUAAAAGUGUUGGCAGAUAUCAAUUCUGCAGAACAGCAAGGUGUCUACUGCCGGGUGGAUCACAGCAGUUUGAAGGAGCCAAUAAUAUUAUAUCUGGAUAAGACACAUCACUCCAUUAUCGGACUGGUCAUAGGAAUAACAGUUGCUGUCAUUGUGUGUGUGGUCGGGCUGGCUUGCCUUGUGAGGUUGUAUAAAAAGCGCAGAAGAUACACAUCCAUCAGUGGGGUGACUAUGAACACCUUGAGAAGAGAUGAGAAUAAUGGCUGA